CGCCGCCACUCAACGUUUUACUAAAAGACCAACAUCCUACAAACCUAUUUAUAAUUACAUAAAAAAUACAGUUCAAAAAAUUUAAGUGACGAAAUUUAGUGAAGUGAAAUUUUAUGACUCCAAAGUACUGAACAUUUCCCUAAUAAGUUAUGACUUAAAGCUAGGUUACCAGGCCUGAAAAUAUGAAUGAGCACAGUAAGAAGAAAUUAACUUUCAAUAAAUCAACCUUAUUUAGUUUAAAGGCAGAACUUCUUAAAAAGCAAGAAGAGGUUUUAGAAAAGAAAAAUCUACCAAAGCACAGGUUGGAAAACUAUAAGCCUGUAAAAGUUUUAGAUAAAAAUAAACAUGAGUCUAACAAUCCUCAAACUUUUAAAAAUAAACUGAAGGCUAUUGAUACUGAUGAAUUAGAAGCACAAAGAAAAUCAAAGUCAGCACUAGAAAAGAAAGCUGAACUUUAUGAACAUUUGACUGAUAAUGCUGGGCAUUCUGAAUUGGCAGGACGAUUCCUUGUGGAUUUUAAAGAGAAGAAACAGCAAAGAAUUACAAAGCCUGAUGCUGCACUGACUGAAGUAGUUGAAAAGGAGGAGAAAGAAGAUGGUGACUGGAUUGAAUUUACUGACUGUUUGGGAAGAACUAGAAAAUGUCUGAAAUCAGACUUGGAUUUUUACAAAAAACGUGACAAAGAACUGAUGAAAAGAAUGCCUGGAUUUGAAGAAGAUGAAAGUGAUAUGACUGAAAAAAAAGCAGAGCAUCCAUUCCUGGUGCAGAAGACCAAAGAUUACCUUCAAUCUCUAAGACAGAAAUGGGAAGAGAAAGAGAAGGAAUUACUGGCUAAGGACCAAGAUAUUCAUUAUCAGGAUAUCCUCUUUGAUGAGGCAAGAAUGCACGGUGUUGGAUACUAUGCAUUCAGUACAGAUGAGACUGAACGUAAAAAGCAAAUAGAACAAUUGAUGAAGGAAAGAGAGCAGACCCUCAAGGCCCAAAAGCAAGCUGAAGAGUUGAGGAAGAAAAGAGACGAGUUAGUUGCUGCUAGGGUUGCAGCUGCCAAGGCGCGGCAGAGAAUGAGAUUAGGACUUCCACCCGAGGACCCUGAAGAUAAACAGAACGAAUUUAGAAAAUGUCUAAUUGAAUUCUUAAACGAAAAGAAAACUGAAGCAGAUAAUAAAGCGAAUGAAGAAGAAAAAAGAUUAAAAGAAGAACGUGAGAAAGAAAGACAGAAAGAACGAGACGCCUAUAUCCGCGAAUGGGACUUGGGUAAAGAAGGCGUAGAUGAUAAAGUUACUAAAUUCAGAGUAAUGACACAAGAAGAAUAUGUUGAAAAACAGAGAGCGAAGCGGAUCAAUGAAUUUGCUCCACUUGAAGCGUCAACAUCUGGUAAAUCUAAAUUUUCAUUUGAUAUUAAGGGAAGUAAAGUAGAUACACAAACCAAUAUAAAAGAGAGUGAUUCAACUAAAAAAAAGACUUGGGCAGAUGUUAGACAAGAAGUCAGACCACUUACACCUCCUCCACAUGAGAUAAACGAUUUAAAUCAAAAAGGUCUAUAUUUUUCAUCAAAGAAAUCGGAAGGAUCAGUAAAAUAUAAGAAUUUUGUUAAAAGUGGGGACCCAAUUCCGAUACUCAAUGAAUUGAGUGAUGAUGAAGAUAAAGUUAGAAGACAUAAUAAACGUCCUAAUGAAUGUCACUCUGAGAUACCGCCGCCACCGACUUACGACUAUUAUGGCCCUGUGCCUAAAAUCUCGAAACAUCAAAAACCUUUUGAGUCCGAUAUAAGAGAAUCAUUUGCCCAAGGCACAAAAAGUCUAGAAACUAAGUCAACUGGUAUACAUUUACCUAAACAUUAUGACUUCACAUUUGAUUAAUUGUAAAUUAAUAAAUAAAAGAAAUAUACAUA